AUGAAUCCUGUGAAUGAAACUGAGACUCAGCCAAAGGAAGAAAAUUAUCUUUUUGCAGCUGCAACCUACAAACUUCUUGCCUUCACAAUUGGAACGAUUGGAGUGUUUGGUUUUUGCAACAAUGUCAUCGUCAUUGUUUUAUACUACAGAUUCAAGAGACUGCGGACGCCCACUAAUUUAUUACUGGUGAACAUAAGCAUAAGUGAUUUACUGGUUUCCCUAAUAGGAAUUAAUUUCACCUUCAUCUCCUGUAUAAAAGGAGGGUGGAUUUGGAACUCGGCGACAUGCGUUUGGGAUGGAUUCAGCAACAGUUUAUUUGGUAUUGUGUCCAUCAUGACCCUCUGUGCCCUGGCAUAUGAGCGCUACAUCCGGGUGGUCCAUGCCCAGGUUGUUGACUUCCCUUGGGCCUGGAGAGCCAUCACCCAUAUCUGGCUCUACUCCCUGGCCUGGACAGGUGCUCCACUGCUGGGUUGGAACCGCUACACUCUGGAGGUCCAUGGACUGGGCUGCUCACUUGACUGGGCAUCAAAAGACCCAAACGAUGCAUCCUUCAUCCUCUUCUUCCUCCUAGCCUGUUUUUUCGUUCCUGUCGGCAUCAUGGCCUAUUGCUAUGGGAACAUCCUGUACACUGUACGCAUGCUCCGUUCUAUCCAGGACCUGCAGACGGUUCAGAUCAUUAAAAUCCUGCGCUAUGAGAAGAAGGUGGCGGUCAUGUUCCUGCUGAUGAUUUCCUGUUUCCUGGUGUGCUGGACGCCGUAUGCCGUGGUAUCCAUGAUCGAAGCGUUCGGGAGGAAGAGUGUGGUCACUCCGACUGUCGCCAUUAUCCCCUCAUUCUUCGCCAAGUCCAGUACUGCCUACAACCCCCUCAUCUACAUUUUCAUGAGCAGGAAGUUUCGCCGCAGUCUCUUGCAGUUGCUGUGUUCUCGUCUGGCUCGUCUGCAGCGCAGUAUUAAGGACCGCCCCCUUGCCCGUGCAGAACGCCCGAUUCGCCCUAUUGUGAUGUCAGAGAGCAGAGCUGACAGGCCAAAGAAGAGGGUGACCUUCAGCUCUUCCUCUAUCGUCUUCAUCAUCGCCAGUAAUGACACACACCCACUGGACUUCACGUCCAAGUGCAGCAACGACACAGAGAUCAACAUCAUCCAGGUGCGACCUCUUUGA